GCUAUUGCAGCGGCUACACGUAGUAGCACUUAUAUGAUCGUUUUAAUGACAUUUCACACGUAUUAGUUAAACAGAGUAUAAUUGUUUGGCAAUAAUCUAUAAAUGUUAUGAGAAUGGAGCUGUAAAAUCCAUGAAAUAUAUUAAAUUAAUGCGCUAUUUUAGGGCAGGAGUCGAGUAGUUAGUUACACUUGUAUGCUAACGCAGUGAUCAUGGCUGCAAUGUUUCUGAAAACUCAUGUCAUCAGAGCUUUAAACAAACGUCUGCUGGCACUGAUCUGGACCAAAGGAUCCAUCAGACAUGCCUCUGUGGGCAGGAUUGAGAAAGUUCUCAUUGCUAACAGAGGAGAGAUAGCGUGUCGGGUGAUGCGGACAGCGAAGAAGAUGGGAGUUCGCUCUGUCGCCGUGUACAGCGAUCCAGACAGACAUUCCAUGCAUGUGGCCAUGGCGGAUGAGGCGUAUCAUAUUGGACCGGCAGCGUCUCAGCAGAGUUACCUGUGCAUGGACAAGAUUCUGGAUGUGGCCAAGAAAUCCUCUGCACAGGCGGUCCAUCCUGGAUAUGGUUUCCUGUCAGAAAAUACAGAGUUUGCUGAACUGUGCAAACGAGAAGGCAUCAUCUUCAUCGGCCCACCUUCAUCAGCCAUUCGGGACAUGGGAAUCAAAAGCACAUCUAAAUACAUUAUGUCAGCUGCCGGCGUGCCUAUCAUUGAGGGUUACCAUGGAGAGGACCAAUCAGAUGAGAGACUUCAGAGUGAGGCAGCAAGAAUUGGCUACCCUGUGAUGAUCAAAGCAGUUCGUGGUGGUGGCGGAAAGGGAAUGCGAAUCGCGCUCUCAGAAGCAGAAUUCCACGAACAGCUGGAAUCCGCUCGGAGAGAAGCGCGCAAGUCCUUCAAUGACGACGUGAUGCUGAUAGAGAAGUUUGUGGAAAACCCCAGACACGUGGAGGUGCAGGUAUUUGGAGACCAGUACGGUGAUGCGGUCUAUCUGUUUGAGAGAGACUGUAGUGUACAGAGACGACACCAGAAGAUCAUAGAGGAAGCUCCAGGGCCAGGCAUCAGUCCUGAGGUCAGGCGGAAACUCGGAGAGGCCGCAGUGCGGGCAGCUAAAGCAGUCAACUAUGUUGGAGCAGGAACCGUGGAAUUCAUCAUGGACGCGCAGCACAAUUUCUACUUCAUGGAGAUGAACACGCGUCUGCAGGUGGAACAUCCUGUCUCAGAGAUGAUCACAGGAACAGACCUGGUGGAGUGGCAACUGCGUGUAGCAGCGGGGGAGAAGUUGCCCCUCACGCAGGAGCAGAUUGUGUUGCGGGGUCAUUCUUUUGAAGCCAGAAUAUAUGCUGAAGACCCCAAUAAUAACUUCCUACCUGGAGCAGGGCCACUGCUACACCUGUCCACUCCGCAGGGUGAUCAGUCUACACGGAUAGAGACGGGGGUUCGAGAAGGUGAUGAAGUGUCUGCCCAUUAUGACCCCAUGAUCGCUAAACUGGUGGUUUGGGGAGAAGAUCGCUCAGCCGCUCUGAAAAGACUCAGAUACUGUCUACGACAAUACAACAUUGUGGGUCUCAACACCAACAUCGACUUCUUACUGAGUCUUUCGGGGCAUCCAGAGUUCGAGGCAGGAAACGUUCACACCAGUUUCAUCCCACAGCACUACGAUCAGCUGUUCCCAGCAGUUCAGAGGCCGUCUGGUGAGGUGCUUUGUCAGGCCGCUCUGGGUCUGCUGCUCCAAGAAAAACAGCAUACAGAGAAAUACAGGAACCAGUCCAGUGACAUGUAUUCACCGUUUGCCUCCAGUAACGGGAGACGACUCAAUGUCCUGCACUGCAGGAAUUUGACACUGCAGCUAGGGGACAACAAAGUGCCAUUAUCUGUGACAUACAAUCCAGAUGGGACAUACAGUAUGGAGACUGGAGGUCAGGUGUUCCAUGUAUCAGGGGAGCUGCAGCUGGAGGGUGACGUGACCAACUUGUGGUGCUCUGUGAAUGGAGUUCUGUCCCGACCCAAACUAGUCAUUCUGGACAACACUGUACACAUCUUUUCUAUGGAGGGAAGUGCUCAGGUGGAUGUGCCUGUGCCCAAGUUCCUGGUUGGUGUUAGUGGCUCCAGUGCACAGGGUGGUGCUGUUGCACCCAUGACGGGUACUAUUGAAAAGGUGCUAGUCAAGGCUGGAGACUCGGUCCAGAAAGGAGAUCCCUUAAUGGUGAUGAUUGCCAUGAAAAUGGAGCAUACCAUCCGUGCACCUAAAGCAGGUGUCAUCAAGAGGGUGUUCUUCAAAGAGGGCUCACAGGCGAACCGUCACGCAGCUUUGGUAGAGAUGGAGGAAGAGGAAGGAGCUGAGGCAGAGUAAACCUAGAGCAAUGUCACAGACAGAUGGCUGGAAAUUCUGAACUUGGACAAGUUGCUGCUCACUAAAAGAUCUUGAAGCACUACAAAUUAGUUUGGAUCUUUAUGAGAUUUAAAAAGCAAAAUAGAAACUUUCUUGCUUAUCUAAAAACACAGAGAUCUUGUUACCUGUAGCUUUCUUAGUGUGGAAUUCAGUCCCUAAUAACUUAGUGUUUCUGUGGUUCCUUGGUUCUAUUUUUUAAUGGAUGAAGAACAGCUUUUGGAUGACUGCGGACUGGCUUACCAUCUCCCUAUAAACAUACAAGUAUUUGCAUUUCAACAAAACCAAUCCACUCAUGUUGCUGCCAGUCCCUUACUUAUCGAAUAUUAUAGCACACUUGUGAAGCAUUAUUUAACACUGAUGUUUGUCAUUUGUGGUGAAUAAGGUGCCUUGAUGUUGGUUUGAUUACUGAAGGAAAUGUCUAGAAUCUGUAUCUCAGAACCUUUUUAACCUUCAUCAUUAAAGGUUUUGUUUUCUCUUC